GCAAACUCUAACCGCGUGGGAUGUUCCAUCUCUACCGGCGGCUCAAAUGGGUCUAUCAGAAAUUCCAUUUGAGCACAUGGGUCCCAUUCGUCGCACUGGUCUCCUACACCAUAUUCGGUGCUGUUCUGUUCAGGUUCUUUGAAAUGGAAAACGAUCGACGAGCUCGAGAACUAUAUCGAAACAGGACUGAAUAUGCCAUGAACCAGGUCGUGGAGCGUAUGCUUGAGGUACGAUGUCAUGAUGUACAGUUACGAGAAGCAGAUCAUGACUAUCAGGUACAACACGCAAGAGAUGCGCUGACGUGGUUCUUGGUAGAAUUAAACCUCACGGAAGUCAUCACUGAAAAAACUAACGACACACCGUGGACGUGGCUUGGUUCAAUGUUUUACGCUGGGCAGCUUUACACGACUAUAGGCUACGGGUAUCCUAUAACAAGAACCCCAGCGGGACGGGUUGCCUCAAUUUUUUACAUACUUUUUGGUAUUCCGAUUUUUCUCAUAAUUCUCAAGGAUAUUGGUCGUCUUAUGUCCCGUGGUUUUCGUAAACUUUACAAACGACUUCGUGGAUCUCAGCAAAAAAUUGCUCAAUCUAGAACUCUAAGGCUAUUGUCGCAGCCAUUUAUGAACUUAUCUCCAUCUGACCAGGAGAAUUUGAAGGAAAAAGCAAAAGAUGUCGAGUUGGGUCCCGAAGAGCAGAACAAAGUAAAUGCAAAACUGUAUGCCGAAAAUGCAUUUCCUAUUCCUAUAGCACUUGCUAUACUCUUCAUCUGGAUCCUAUUUUCAUCUGGCCUGUUUUGCCUUUGGGAAAGCAGAUGGGGUUACCUGACUUCUGUCUACUUCUUUUUCGUCUCUAUCAGCACCGUCGGACUGGGAGAUAUCGUUUUCCUUAACCCGGAUAUGAUGAUUUUCAUGUUUCUUUUGAUUCUUAUUGGACUUGCGCUGCUUUCAAUGUGUUUUAAUCUGAUACAGGCAGCCCUUGAACGCUUAUUAGAUCGACUUCUCGAAGAGUAUAUCGAAGAAAUCGAAAAAAUGGCAGAAAUCGUCGCACAGGACGAGUACAUGGAAGAGGAAGUUGGACCACUUGAGUUCCGAAUGACAGGGAAUCUUCUUGCCUUGCCAAUGAAGAAAGUCACCAAAGAGACGGGAUUAUUAGCAGAAGCAAAGAGCUGGGUAGCCGGAAGGAUAGCGAAUAAUCUUCUUGCUUCUCGACUUGGCCCUCAUGACAGUGAUAGUGAAGAGGAGCACGAGGAAGAAGAAUUGCAAAGAGCCAAGGAAGAGGAGGCACCACAUGUGAUGGUCUCCGCACAAUCCUCGCAACCAUUUCAAACUCGGAUGUCAAGCAUUUCUACAGCAACUCCAUCUAUACGCUCCUCUCAUCAUAAUCUCAAUCUCAAUCGCUAUCAUUUCCGCUAUGGUAAACGAAUGCUUGAUGUGGUACGAACACUGGAGAAGAUAAAACCACAGAAGGACGAUUUUCGAUCACUGAUGUUCUCGAAAUUUCUGCAAAAUAACCGUUUAACUCGAAUAGUAGAAGAUCUACCACCGCCUGCUGUGAAGAAAAUGGCGACAACCUGUUGUCAGACCGAUGAUGCCCCUAGGCCGAGGAAAUUUUACCAGCGGCAACUUCGAGAACUAUCAUCAUCAUCUCACUCGACGUCUCCAAGCAGAUCGUUACAUUACGAUGAUGAAUCUCUGAUGUCGUCAGCUUACUGUGACAUCUACUUUGAUUAUUCAGCAGAUGCGCCGCCAUCAGCUCAACAUUCAAGUUUUUCUGUAAUGAAGAUGGAAGAUGACGAACCACUAUUGCCUUCAAAGUUAAUGCAAUCAUCAAGGCUAUGGAGGACUCCUCCGAAGUUGAACAUACAACCUCUGUCGCUUCUCAAAGAGCUUUCACCUCCUUUCAACGCUAUCGCUAACAAUUUGUCGGUCAAAUCUCCAUCUUACACCAGCUUACGGGAAAUAAUGCACGAUGCACAUACACCUAUCGAUGAGCCUUUCGACCACGUUCGAUCACUAUGUGGCUUGCUACCGUCUGACUUCGAUACGCGCUCGAUUUCUAGUCGAUCUACAAUGGUUGAUUCUGGGUACGAUAAGUCUCAUCAUGAAGAUACCUUGAAGCAGAUUCUUUCUCCUUCACCAGCACCUGCUGGAUACACAGCAUUAGAAUAA